AAACUAAUUCUUUUUCACUCUCUAUAAAACUCUCCAAGUCCCAAAACUAACUACUCCAUUUCUCACGUCUUUAAUUUAAUACCACAAUAUAUACAUACAUGUAUACAUAUUAUGGCCAUGUAUGUGACUAAUUAUGACCAAAAUAUAUUGUUAUGGAAAGAUGGAGAGUAUCCAAGAGUGUGCAAAGAAAAUUAAUUGAGUUGGAAAAGAUAAAUCUUAAAAUUUUGGUAAUUUUCUAAUGAGUGAAUCCCCCAACACCCCCCAAAAAAAAAAAAAAAAUUGAACUUGGUAGGACUCUAGGAAGUAGGAACUGAAUGAAACCAACCAAACACCAUGCAAAAACCUGAGCCAAGAUGGGGUUUUUCUAAUUCGUAUUAAUAUAUAAACGAACUUUGUUGAUUAAUUCACAAUGACAUGGAUUCCUCAUCCAAAACCCAUUUCUUAAUCUCUCUCCUAAUCUUCAAGAACACUCUCAAUCGAGAGUUGAUAAGAAGCUUGCAUGCUUACCGAUGGAGUGAUGGGAAGGAAAGUGAGGUGGAAAGAGAGUUUGUGUUCUCAACCAAUGGAACAUACAAUGAAAUGGAAGCUAACCCACUUCUUCUUGGGUUGACAGACUGUCGAGUUUCAGAUGUUUCUAAAGGCCUUGUCAAUGGCUUAUGGGUCUGCAUAUUUGCCUUCCAUAACCAUCAUCCUCAUUUUCCUCAUCUCACCUCCAUACCCUCUCUCCUUACACCUUCCAAAAAUCCCAAGCUGAGGUCAAUUCCAUCACUGGCCAAUGAUCUUCAAGCAAUUUUUCAAAUGAACUGCAUGACCACAUUCACAGAUGACAAAGAGCCAUCACAGCUGGAUUUGCCAUCCAAUGAAAAUGAAAAUCAACCUCCAAAGAGAAGAAAUCUUGUCCUUUAUCAAGAUCUUAAUUGUCUUCCUGAUCCAGAUACACCUUCUCAAUCCUCAGAUGAUCAACGAAUGGAUCAAUCUUCACCAUCAUCAGGUGGGGUGGAUGAGAAGAAGAAGUUGAAGAAGAAAAGAGCAGCCAGCAAAGACAUAGCAAGAAUUGCAUUAUCUGAUUUGGCCAAGUAUUUUGACCUCCCAAUAGUGGAAGCCUCAAGAAAUCUGAAAGUAGGACUUACAGUUCUGAAGAAGAAGUGCAGAGAAUUCGGCAUCCCUCGCUGGCCACAUAGGAAGAUCAAAUCGCUGGACAGUCUCAUUCGAGAUCUUCAGGUAGAAAAAAAGUGGAAGGAGGAGAACAAGGCUGCGGCUAUAGCGGCAGCAAAGAGGAAGAUGAUGUUGCAGAACGAAAAGGAAAGCAUAGAGAAGACACCCUUCUUGGAGAUGAAAACCGAAACCAAAAGGUUUAGGCAAGAUGUUUUCAAGAGAAGGCACAGAGACAGGGUUCUCAGGACUCAGCAGGCUUCAUCAAUCACUCAAGAUUAGAUUCUUUCAUUUUUAAUCUUUUUAUCUUUAAUAAUCAAACACUUGAAAACAGUUGUUGUUAUUAUCAUAGGCUACAACAACUUCUAUCUGAUAUAUACCAGUACAACCACAUACUUGAUUUUACUUGACUUGAUGAAAUAAGCAUUAUUGGUUCAUUCAAA